AUAUAAGGCCGGGGUCAGAGGAAACGGGAAUUCAGACACCAGGAUGGCGAUGCGAGGGAAGCUGAUUGCUGUGCUUGGCGAUGAGGACACCUGCACCGGCUUCCUGCUCGGUGGCAUCGGCGAGCUGAACAAGAACCGACGGCCCAACUUCCUGGUGGUGGAGAAGGAGACAAGCGUGACCGAGAUCGAGGAGACUUUCAAGAGUUUCUUGAGUCGUGAUGACAUUGGGAUCAUCCUGAUCAAUCAGUACAUUGCAGAAAUGAUCCGUCAUGUCAUUGAUGCCCACACUCUCUCCAUUCCUGCUGUGCUGGAAAUCCCAUCCAAAGAACACCCUUAUGAUGCAUCCAAGGACUCCAUCCUGCGCCGUGCCAAAGGAAUGUUUAGCACUGAUGACUUCCGAUAGUUGGACUUGCCCAGUGCUGGUUCUGUGGCACAGAGCUACCUGCUCCUGCCAUCAUCCGGACCAUCCCUUUGUGUUGUCUUGUUGCAUGUUGUGCGGAGUGCUGAUUCCUCUGGGGGCUGCCAUCUAAUCCACCACACUCCACAGAAUAUCUUCUCCACACCUACUGGCAAUGGACUGUCCCAGCCCAGUGCUUGAUGUGUUUUCCCUUGAAACUUAUCCAGGAGAAUGGAAACACCACCCAUCGUAGGAUCUGAACUUCAGUACUGUGAUGUUUACUCUGUAUCUAAUGUGCUGGGAGUGUUUGAUGGGACAGUAUAGAGGGAGCUUUGCUCUGUAUCUAACUCUGCUAUACCUGCCUUGGUGCAGAUCUAUCCUGUGCUGAUCUUUGAUUUAUUCCUGUUAGAUUAUUGAUGUUUGGGGUUGCUUUCUGCCCAAGCUAUCGGAGUGAGGGGUUGGGGAGCUAUUUCAAAUAUUCACAUUAAAGUGGCAAGUUAUUGGAACUGUUCAUGCAGGAAGCUCUGAUAUCUGGACUGUGAGGAUGAUCAAGAAGUGAGUGCUGUCGAUUAUGUUACCUAUUUAAUGUGCAUACCACUAAAAAACAGAAUGGUUGAUUACUGAACUUUCACCGUGUGCUCAGGAAGCUCCUGGUUUGUGCUGGUUAACAGAUGCUGAAUGCAGUUCUUAUCCGGUCCUAUCAAGUUGUGCUCUUUGAAGAAUGUGUAUUUAUGUUGUUGCUUGUCCUUAAUCUGUACAUCAAUCAAUAAACACUGUAGGUUCUCUCA